CCUGUAUCUUUUUCCAUGUCCUGAGCCUGAUUGCAGACUUCCUCCUCCCCACCCCCACACCGUCCCUUCAAUCUACAGCCUGGGAGCCCCGACUCCAGGAGCCAGCCCGUCAACCUGAACCAUUAUGCCACCAAGAAGAGCGUGGCAGAGAGCAUGCUGGACGCGGCUCUGUUCAUGACCAACGCCACGCGGCUGAAAGCGGUGCUGGAGCAGGGGCCCUCCUCUAAUUACUACAGCACCCUCGUCACCCUCAUCAGCAUCUCUCUGCUCCUGCAAGUGGUCAUCGGAAUCCUCCUCGUGGUCAUUGCACGGCUGAAUCUCAAUGAGGUAGAAAAGCAAUGGCGACUAAACCAGCUCAACAAUGCUGCCACCACCUUGAUCUUCAUCACUGUUGUCAUCAACGUCUUCAUUACAGCCUUCGGGGCACAUAAGACAGGGUUCCUGGCUUCCAGGACCUCAAGGAAUCCUCUGUGAACACAGCCUGGGACCCAGGUACCAGGUCUGGAAGUGCCUCUGCCUCUUUCCUCCCUGAUCUUCCAGGCUGCUGGGCACUCUCCACAGCCCCUGCGAGAGCUCCUACAAGGGCAGUGUAGAUGCCCUUGCUCCCUACCCACAGCACCUGAAUUAAGAUGUGAUAUUUUACCAGUCUAAGUGAGUUCCAUCUUGGUCUGGAGCCCUGAGCUCAGACUUGGGUACCAGCCACCUUUCCUCCUGGUAGCAGCAUCUCCUGACCUGAGGCAUGACCUAAG